CCCCAGGACUCUGAGCCUGCAGGGGGAGGAGGAUGGAGGCUGCUGCCCGCAUUUAAUUAGUGAGGAAGAAGACCCGAGACCCGCCCCCUGAGUCCGGACAGAGAGCCGCCCCCCUUCAGUCCGGACAGAGAGCCGCCCCCCUUCAGUCCGGACAGAGAGCCGCCCCUUCAGUCCGGACUGCAGCUCCAAAGUUUCCGCGUCUCAAUCGGACUGUGGAUCAGAGGAGGAACGAGGAGUCAAGCAGGAUCCGGACCCUCCGUUUGUUUACAGAGUUCGAGUUCCGGCGAAGGUUCUGGUUGCUUCAGUUGUCAUGUGGAUCCGUGCAGAGUCCUGGUCCUGAACGGGUCCACACAGAGUCCUGGUCCUGGUCCCCGCUGAUUGAUUUGGAAACGCGCGCAGCCUCGCACACUCCAUCCUCCCUGUGGGUCUGAGGGAAAGUAAGAAACCACCUGUUGUGGAAGUUUCCUGGAGCUGCUCACGGAUAAACCCGAGCCUGAAACGGGACGCCGAACGGAGCCGAGGCGCGCGGAGCGGAAUGCGGGUUUUACGCACGGAGCUCACGCAGAUCGUCAGAGGGUCCCUUCACAUCCACAGACCAGGCUCCGGCCUCCGUGUUGUCUGUUUGCAGUGAGCAUGUUGCCAUGGUGUCCCGGGCUCAGAUGAGCCGGACGGCCGAGCUCCGGUCCAGAUGGCUCGGGAGGACGCGGUGAGGUGUCUGCGCUGCCUGCUGUACGCGCUCAACCUGCUGUUCUGGAAAUUAAAGCUGUCAUAUCGAUGGACUCAUGACGUGACAUGUUUGUGUCUGUUCAGGUUGGAGGAAGCAGCCAUCCUCACCUAUUCUCCAGCUGUUCAUCCCGUCAUCAUCUCCGUGUGCUGCUUCCUCAUCAUCGUGGCGAUGGUCGGAUACUGUGGCACGCUCAAAUGUAACCUGCUGCUGCUGUCAUGGUAUUUCUGCAGUCUGUUGGUGAUCUUCUGUGUCGAGUUAGCGAGCGCCGUCUGGACGUAUGACGAGCCGGCGGUGCAGCGCUCUGAUAUGAUCAGUCUGAAGACUCGGAUGCCGAACUACGGCCUGCAGCGUUAUCAGUGGCUCACACACACCUGGAACAGCUUCCAGACAGAGUUCAAAUGCUGUGGUGUGAUCUACUUCACUGAUUGGCUGGAGAUGACAGAGAUGGAGUGGCCACCUGACUCCUGCUGCUCCAAUCCAUAUCCAGGAUGUGCUCGCCACGCCCACAACCACGACCUGAGCGACCUGCACCAGGAGGGCUGCGGUCCAAAGAUCUACAGUUUCAUUCGUGGGACGAAGCAGCUGCAGGCGUUGCGUUUCCUGGGCGUGUCCAUCGGCGUGGCUCAGAUCCUCGCCAUGGCUCUCACCCUCACUCUGCUCUGGGCGCUUUAUUAUGGCCGGAAGUCUCCAGAGCUGGACUCCACACCACCGGCGCCACCGCCCGAGGACUCCGCCUCCCUCACGGUGACACACGGACCCUCGGCUGAAGUUUCAAAGUCCAGCUGCCAUCGCACGAAUAAAGGCUGCACACUGACGAGUGGCACCGCAGCCGGCAAACCGAGCGAACUCCAGUUUGAGAUGGAGCGUCUGUCGUAGCGCCGGGUCCAAAAACAUUUAACUCAACAAGACCCGAGAACCUCACAGGUCCAGAACCUAAAACCUGACCUGGACUCAAUCCACAUCGUCAUCAGGUCAUUUUUGGAACAUUUCUGGUGGAGCAGUCCUGUUCUGUCAGGUCCAACAUGAGUCAGCAGCUGUUUCAGAUCACUGACUCUGAAGGAAAUGUUUCUGGAUGACAUCAGAGAUGAUGAUGACAUCAGAGAUGAUGAUGACAUCAGAGAUGAUGAUGACAUCAGAGAUGAUGAUGACAUCAGAGAUGAUGAUGACAUCAUACUAUGAUGACACGAGCGAGACGAUCAGAUGAUCUGUAGACGUUUACAUCAGUCAGACGAUCAGAUGAUCUGUAGACGUUUACAUCAGUCAGACGAUCAGAUGAUCUGUAGACGUUUACAUCA